GGCCGGAGCGCCGCCCUUUCCCCGCCCGCCACGGGCGGACGUGACGCACGCGGAAGGAGCGGUCAGGCCGGGCUUCCGUGUACAGAGGGGCUCAGGCCUUGGCGUCGGGAGUGAUCGUUAAGGGUAGAACGCGGCGGCCACCGCCGCUCCUGCGCCAUGUUGCGCGGCUUGGGUACCUGGCUGGGGCUGGAGGUGGAGCGGGCGGGCGAGGAGAAGCUGCUGUCAGCCGAGGAGAGGAGGAGCUCCGCGGAGGAGGAGGCGGCAGCCGCGGCUGGAAUAGAGGAGCCGGUCGUGCAGAGCUCGGAGCAGACGGACUCAGAGGCGCUCCUCAGCCAGGCCAAGGGACUCGGCAGUUACCUCUUAAAUUAUGCUACUGCUGCUACAAAAAAGAUAUCUGAAUCCGUUGCCGAAACAGCACAGACGAUAAAGAAGUCUGUAGAAGAAGGAAAAAUCGACAGUAUUAUUGAUAAGACAAUUAUUGGAGAUUUUCAGAAGGAACAGAAAAAAUUUGUCCAAGAGCAGCAAACAAAAAAGUCAGAAGCAGCAGUGCCUCCCUGGGUAGACAGCAAUGAAGAAGAGACAAUUCAACAACAAAUACUGGCCUUAUCAGCAGAUAAACGAAAUUUUCUACGGGAUCCUCCAGCAGGUGUGCAGUUUAAUUUUGACUUUGAUCAAAUGUACCCUGUUGCAAUGGUGAUGUUACAAGAAGAUCAACUUCUCAAUAGGAUGAGGUUUGAUCUCGUUCCCAAACACAUAAAGGAGGAAGUGUUCUGGAGAAAUUAUUUCUAUAGAGUGUCCCUAAUUAAACAGUCUGCACAACUCACAGCACUUGCAGCUCAACAGCAAGCAGCAGACAAAGAAGAAAACAAAGGCAGAGAGGAGGAUAGUCCACUGAAAGAAACAGUACGGCCAAAGACACCACCUGUUACAAUAAAGCCUCAAAUGAAAUCUCAAGAGGACGAGGAAGAGAUUUCCACAAGUCCAGGUGUAUCAGAAUUUGUGAGUGACGCUUUUGGUGCGUGUAAUCUGAAUCAGGAAGACCUAAGAAAAGAAAUGGAACAACUAGUACUAGACAAAAAGAAGGAAGAGACUUCAGUAGUAGAAGAAGAAACUGCUGAUUGGGAAAAGGAAUUACAACAAGAGCUUCAAGAGUAUGAAGUGGUGACAGAAUCAGAAAAGCGUGAUGAAAACUGGGAUAAAGAAAUAGAAGAAAUGUUGCAAGAAGAAAACUGAACAUUUUCACAAAAUCACUGUAAACCUAAGCUUUUUCUGAGGACUGACAUGGAUUUCUGCUUUCAUAUUUUGCUUAUAAAAGAUCUUCAAAAGACAUAAAAGAAUCUAAAAUCAUUAUAAUUCCAUAUGGGAAUACAACCAGUAUUUCUGUUCUUUAUAUGAGCAGUUUCUGAACUUGUACAUUCUUCAAAAGAAAAAAAAAAUGAGCAGACAGACACCGCAGGUUAUAUGUCAUGAUUAAAAGUGAUAACAUUGUUACAUGAAACAACAGUUCAGUUUGAAGCAUUUUUAGGUGGUGCAGAAGCUCCACAAAGAGAUUUCUAAAUCUAAGAAUCUCUUUUUUUUUUUUCCUAUAGCCUUCUGUUUGGAUAUAAAAUUGGGUGUUGUAAGUAACUUAGUCCUUGGAAAUUACUCUGUCUUCAUAUUUGCACUCUGAUCCCUGUAUAAUCUGUAAAUGUGUACUAUUUUUAAUGUACUUGUAGCUAAUAACUUUCAUAUGUAUUUAACUUCCUUUAUGUAUGUAGCCAAAGAAUGUAUAGAAAACCUUACUGAAAAAAGACUAAUUCAGACUCCAAAAGAAGUACUGAUUAAUUAUUGAUCAAGUAUCUUUAACUGGCAAACAUUUAAGCAUCUAAAUAAGAAGAGAGUUAUUAACUCAUUGAAUUAAACCAUUAAAUCAUCAUAUUAAGAUACUGCCUUUUGCCACAGAGAAAUGGUUUAAUGCAUUCUUUCUUCAGAAGACUGUUUCCAUUUAAUUUUGGUGAGCAAGUGCAAAUAAAAUGUUUCGCUUUAAGCACUGAAACAUUUAUGUAAAAACUUUGGCUGGUUUGGACAUCUUUAUUAAAUACUGUAGAUAUGUAUCAAA